AUGGCUGAAAGCAUUGCUCUUGUGCAGGAAUUGGUCAGGGAUCUCAACAGGAAAGUGUGUAAAUGGUUGAGAAGUGUUGGAACAACGCCUGGUUCUCAAUUCUCAUUAACGGGAAAGCCGCAGGCUUUUUCAAGUCUUCUAGAGGGAUUCGCCAGGGGGACCCCCUAUCCCCUAGUCUAUUCAUUCUUGCGGCUCAGAUGCUUAGCAGAGGCCGGCUUCUACCUGUCGGACAGCCCGGACUCCCACAUUUGGCCGUUCACCCCUAGCAGCGUGUUCUCUGUCAUCUCUACUUGGAACCUUUGCAGAUUGAGCAAGCCACGCAAAGACUGGUCUCGGUGGGUAUGGCAUGCUAGUCUACCCCCGAGAAUCUCCCUAUUUGUCUGGAGACUCUUACACAAGGCUAUCUCGGUUGAUGUGGAAGUUCAAAAGCGUGAUGUGUCAUUAGCUUCCCAGUGCGAUUGCAGUCCAGAUACUUCUUCCAGUUACUGCUCGGUGGAGUCCCUGCAACACAUUUUCAUCAACAGCCCUUUAGCGUCAGUGAGUUGGGGGUACUUUGGUGGGAUUUUUGGGAUUGUAUGCAAUUCAAAUUCCACUGUUGAAGGAAGUUUAGAAAGCUUCCAUUUUCCUGAUCUUCUUCGCCCGCCUCCUCGCAGAACGUCCGCGGCUGAGUUGGGGAUAGUAGCCGCAUCGCGAGUUAGAUCAUCUCCUACUGUCAUCAGGUGGAUGAAACCGCAAUUGGUGUGGGUCAAGCUCAACAUUGACGGGUCGGCUAGAGGAAAUCCGGGCCCAUUUGGCGGAGGUGGCAUUUGUAGAGGUGACAGGGGCAAGUUCAUCUUUGCGUUCUCGUCAGGUUACAGGUUAGCAUCCAAUGUCUACGCUGAGCUGAGAGCGAUUCAUGACAGUCUCUCAUUUUGUUCUCGGCUAGGCCUUUCGAGAAUACAAGUUGAAUUGGACUCCAGUCUCGCCGUGGACUUUUUGAAUGAGACAGUCAAGCCCAGCUAG